CGCCGGAGGGCACUCCUCCGGCCCCAGCGAGGGCCGCCAGGGGUCCCCGCUUGGCAGUGCCUCGGCGGGCGUCCCGGGGGGGCUGUCGCGCGGGGCUAAAGCCGGUGGGGUGGAGGCGCCCUCGGCCUCUUGGGAAUCCAGCAGGACAAGAGCGAAUUUUAAGCGCGAACGGCCGCGAGGGCUCAGGCGGUGUCCGCGGGGCGGCGCUGUGCGCUGCCGGUCCUGCUUCCCGGCCCCCGCGGAGCUGGGCGCGGUGCUCAGGGCGGCGAGGGGCGCAGGGCCGGGCCGGGCAGCCGCACGAUGCAGUGCCUGGGCGGCGAGUACGUGGUUUCCGAAGAGACAACUCCCAGGCAAAGAGAGUGGAGACCCCAGAUUUAUCGGAAAUGCACAGACACGACAUGGUUAUUCCUGUUCUUUCUCUUUUGGACUGGUUUGAUGUUCAUCAUGGGCUACUCGGUGGUGGCUGGAGCCACAGGACGACUCCUCUUCGGCUACGACAGCUAUGGCAACGUCUGCGGCAAAAAGAACUCCCCAGUGGAAGGGGCCCCUCUGUCUGGACAGGACAUGACCCUCAAAACACACAUGUUCUUUAUGAAUUCCUGCAACCCAGAAAUCAGAGAGACGAGGCUCAGCUCCACUACCCUCUGUGUGUCCAGCUGUCCUGAAGAGCAGCUCAGCACCCUGGAAGAAGUCCAGCUCUUUGCAGACACCAAUGGGUCUUUCCUGUGUGUCUACAGUUUGAAUUCCUUCAACUACACACAGAGUCCCAGUGCAGGCUCGUUGUGUCCCAGGCUACCAGUUCCUCCAAGCAAGUCUUUUCCCUUGUUUAACCGGUGCAUCCCUCAAACACCUGAGUGCUAUUCCCUGUUUGCAUCUGCUUUGAUAAAUGAUGCUGACAUGCUCCAUCAAAUUCUAAGCGGAAUUAUGUCAGGAAGAGACACCAUCCUUGGCCUGUGUAUCCUUGCAUUAGCCUUGUCUUUGGCCCUGGUGCUCACCUUCCGGUUCCUCACCAUGCUUCUGGUUCACAUUAUCAUCUCGUUGGUUAUUUUGGGAUUGCUGUUUGUCUGUGGUGUCUUAUGGUGGCUGUAUUACGACUAUACCAUUGACCUCAGCAUAGAACUGGACACAGAAAGGGAAAACAUGAAGUCCGUGCUGGGGUUUGCGAUUGUAUCUACGAUCAUCACGGCAGUUCUGCUCGUCUUGAUUUUUGUCCUCAGAAAGAGAAUAAAGUUGACAGUUGAGCUCUUUCAAGUCACAAACAAAGCAGUCAGCAGCUCUCCUUUCCUGCUGCUCCAGCCUGUGUGGACGUUUGGCGCCCUCAUUUUCUUCUGGGUCCUCUGGGUGGCUGUGCUGCUGAGCCUGGGAACUGCAGGCAGCGCCCAGGUUAUUGAAGGGGGCCAAGUGGACUUUUCCCCUCUUUUGGGCAUUCGGUAUAUGUGGUGGUACCAUUUAAUUGGGCUCAUCUGGACAAGCGAAUUCAUCCUUGCCUGCCAGCAAAUGACUGUCGCGGGGGCAGUGGUGAGCUGGUAUUUCAACAGAAAUAAAAAUGAGCCCUCUGACCAUCCGAUCCUUUCCUCUCUCUCCAUUCUUCUCUGUUACCAUCAAGGAACAGUGGCGAAAGGGUCAUUUUUUAUCACUUUGGUGAGGAUUCCCAGAGUCAUUCUCAUGUACAUCCAUGACACACUGCAAGACAAGCAGCACGGCGCGUGCUCCAGGGGUGCAUUCAGAUGCUGCCGCUGCUGUGUCGCAUACCUCGCCAGACACUUGCACCAUCUCAGCCAGAAUGCAUAUACUACAACUGCCAUUAAUGGGACAGAUUUGUGCACGUCAACCAAAGAUUCGAUCAAAAUAUUAUCCAGGAAUUCAAAUGAUUUUACAUCUGUUAACUGUUUUGGAGACUUUGUAAUUUUUCUGGGAAAGGUGUUGGUGGUGUACUUCACUGUGUUCGGAGGACUGAUGGCAUUUAACUACAACCGCACACUGCAGGUGUGGGCGAUCCCGCUGUUACUAGUGGCCUUUUUUGCCUGCUUAGUAGCUCAUGGUUUUUUAUCUGUGUUUGAAACGGUGCUGGAUGUACUUUUCCUGUGUUUUACUGUUGAUCUGGAAACAAAUGAUGGAUCAUCAGAAAAGCCCUACUUUAUGGACCACGAGUUUUUGAGUUUUGUCAGAAAGAUCAACAAAUCCAACAGUGCAGGCGUACAGACAGACAAAGACUCACUAAGGAAUGAAGAGGGAACAGAACUCCAGCCUGUUGUGAGAUAGGCGCUCGCGCGCUUGGACCUAGAGAAACUGACCUUCAAGGAACUGACAGAACAAGACUGGACUGGACGGGGCCUGCUCUUCAGUUUUUGCCACUAUGUCAAAGUACUGAAACCAUAAAAGUUUAUUCAUUUUCCUAUCUAGGACAUAAGCACUGAAAACUGUAUUUAUAUGAAUCAAUUUAAAAAGCAUGGUAGGUAAAAAACCCAUCUAAGUUUGUGAAGGUAUGACCAGUAAAUCUUGUUUAAAAAAAAGAUUUUGUUAGCAGAAAUCUCUGAACAUUUCUCUUAUACAGGGCAUGGAUUUUUAUGGAUCCAAUAUUGGAAAUAUGCUAAAUAUAUUGACUUUUCAGAGUACAAUUCUUAAAUUUAGUGACGUAAAACCUGAGUGUUUGAGCUGGGCUUGUAUAAGAGACAGGCUGAAUCUUAAUUAUAUAACACUUAGCUGGUUAAAAGCAAGAUGAACUCUUAUAAACGGGCAACCACAACCCAGCCACACCUCGCAAUUGCCUGGAGGAAGACUUCUAAGAACAUUUUUAUCUGGAACCCAUCCAAGAUUUAGAUGGUAGGGAAGGGGAGCUUGGUUCCUCCUCAAAGCUUUGGACAAGCAGGUGGCUGGGCAGCACUGCCCACCCCCACAGGAGGCUCAUCAGACCUGGGGGCAGGGGUGCCUGUGUGCUGGCAGACCUCCUUCCCUUCCCUAAAUGCUUACUUAGCGAUGACAAGAAACAGCCUGACAGCUCAGGUCUACUUUAAAUGCAAAUUUCUCCCAGAACAGUACCACAGAAUUAGUUUAGCUCACUAGUCUCUUAUAAGAAAGGGAUUUACAGAGCAUUCAUCUGAGUCAUAAUAGAAUAAGCAAGCAAACUUUGCUUCUGUGAAUUCAUCAGAUCAGAUUUAUGCUCGCUCCUUAUUGGCCUUACCAAAAAACAGGCGCCUUUCCACCCGCAAGCCAACAGGGCCAAUUCUAUCAAAAGAAAUCACUUGGCUUACACAAUGUCUACGAUGUCACUACCAACUUUCUUUGGUUACUCUAUGCUCAACAUGUAGCUGUUGCUUACCACCUGUCACAACUGGCAAACCUGAGGCAUGCGUGUUUUCUUUAAAUGAUGUUGCCAGAAAAACAGCUCUGUAGAAUAAGCACUUGCCUGGCAAGUACAGG